AUGGAGAAACUCUUACUUUUAAUGGUGAUGUUUACAACAUGUUUUGCUACACCCCAAGAUCUGUCGGGCAAAGUGUUCGUCUUCCCCAGGGAGACUAACAGAGAUCAUGUGAAACUCCUCACAACUCAAACCCAAUUCAGUUCUGUGACCACCUGUCUCAGAUUCCACACAGAUCUCACCAGGAACUACGCGCUCUUCUCUUUGUCUACUCCCAAGCACGACAAUGACUUUGUGCUAUUUAAGGUCAAUUCAGAGGGUGUCAUCAGGGUGCAUGUUCGAGACGGGGGCACGGACUUCCUGUCGCUGUCACUUCCUCCAAACACCUGGCACUCUAUGUGUGCCACAUGGCGCUCUGACAAUGGCUUGGCUCAGCUGUGGGUGGACGGCAAGGCGACCAUCAAGAGAUUCAUCCAGACUGAGGCCAUCACUGGAGCACCCAUCACCAUCCUGGGCCAGGAGCAGGACUCCUAUGGCGGCGGUUUCGAUGCAAAUCAAUCUUUCAUUGGUAUGAUUACUGAAGUCCACAUGUGGGACUAUGUCCUCACUGCUGCUGACAUCAAACGCUAUAUGAAUAACAAACACUUCACUCCAGGCAAUGUGUUCAACUGGGGACACCUUGAGUAUGAAAUCACAGGUCAGGUUUUGGUGGAGGAAGAGUCUGAAGUUAUGUAA